AUGGGACCAGACAAUUUUGAUGUGAAAAAAUUUAUUGGAAUUGGAUGCUUCUCGCUAAUUUAUGAAGUCUGUUCUACCAAAGGAAAAGAUAAGGGCAAAACAUAUGCAAUGAAGCGAUUUUUUCCACAACGGCCCAUUGCAAUUAGAUGCGCACUUCGUGAACACAGCAUACUAAUGCAUCUUGCGCUGGGGACAAAACAGUCACCAUUCCUAUCGGUUCUCUACUACAGUUUCCUAGUCCAUGGUUCCCCAGUUCUAGUGAUCAGUAAAGGAAGCGGUUUCGACCUAAUUAAUCUCCUAUCCUGCACUGGUGCAAUCAAAGAACACGCAGCCCGGUUUUAUACCUCUGAAAUUAUCUGUGGUCUAGAGCACCUUCACACCUUGCAGAUCGUUCAUUUGGAUAUCAAACCCGCUAACAUACUACUGACUGACUCGGGUCACGUCCUGAUCACAGAUUUCGAUCGCUCAUACGACAUUUCUCGUAGAGUGGAACCUCCAAGCUCUUCGGACUUCACUGGAACUCCUUAUUACAUGGCGCCUGAAAUUGCUCAACAAAAGGUUAUCACAACGAAAGCAGAUAUAUGGAGUCUGGGUAUCCUUAUGACUGUGCUAGUGUGUGGUUUAACUCGUCUCGACUUCUCCACUUUGACUGAAAACUUCAAAUUGUCAAAGAAGGGCAAAUUGAAGCUGGAUAUUUUUACACAGUUCUCAAGACCUCUUAAAUCUUUCCUUAAUUCCUGCCUAAGAUAUAACUUCAGGGAGCGUGCAAGUAUAUCUGUAGUAAAAAAGCUUCGCUUUUAUAAACGUGUCAAUUGGGAUCAAGUGGCUUCUGGUAGGGCUUGUCCGCCAUAUUACCCUUCUAAAAUGUUUAAAUCAGUGGCCCAUAUCAAACCAGACGCUGAUCCCAACGAUCCUUUGAUUUUGGCAGCUGCUUAUGGGAAAGAGAUGCCGUAUGUCAAUGAAAGUUUUUUCUACACAAAGGACAGUGAUGGUAACUGGAAAUUGAAAACAAUCCCUCCAGAUUAUUUUAAACUACGAAUGGCGGGAAUGACACCAAAAAAACUUGACAAGCUUUUUAUCGACUUUCAUUUUACAAAUCCCUGUCUCCAUUCAAACAAUAGUGAUGCCAAAAAGAUGGCUGCCAAUUUUGUUACCAAAAUAAAGGCAAGAUUAUUGUGUCCACUCAAUGUGUGUUUGAUGUUACAUGGGGCGCAACUUAUAAGACUGAAAAUCACUACACUCAUCACUUUGUUAACUAUCGUUGCUGACAAAAUUCUUAUGCCUAUAUUUUUUCAUUUUUUGGAAAAAGGAAAGAAAAUUAAGGACGAAAUCUGA